UGCUAAGAGCAGUUGUUCGUGUAUCAAUGUUUUGUGCAUAGUCGCCUGUGCAACUGCUGCUGUGUCUGACAAUGCCACUAUGGGUGUACAUAGCGAGUCUCCUAGUUGUGUGCGCAUGCGCGUACCUGUGGGUGCUGGAGCGGCGCGCGCGCAGCAAGUUCGCGGGCAUCCCGACGUAUCCGCUGCUGCCGUUCAUUGGCAACGUACACCAGGUGCUGGGAGAUGGGAGACAGGUAUUCCAGCACAUGGACAGAAUAUCGCGAAUAUGUGACGACAACAUGUCACCGUUCGUGGUGUGGCUGGGACCCUGCUCUAUACUGGUGACGCACGACCCUGACGAUGUGAAGAGCAUCACGAAUGCGUUUGUGGAGAAGCCGUACUACUACAGCUUCGGAAGAAUCUGGCUCGGAGAUGGACUGGUGACGGCUCCUGGUGUGGUAUGGAAACACAACAUCAAGAAGUUAGCAGGAACAUUCACCAGUUCCGUCGUGGACAGCUACCUUGAGGUCUUCAACGCCCAGGCUCGCAGGCUGGUGGAGAACCUCAAGACAGAAGUGGGCAAGGGACCCUUUGAUGUGAUACAUAAGUACCUGGCUUAUACCACGUUGGAGACUAUUUGCCAAACCGCUCUGGGCGUAUCCAUGAUAUCAGAGAGCAUAGUGACGACGGAGUACUAUGACGCAUUCAACCGAUGCCUGGAGCUGAUCAUCAUGCGAGCCCUGAACGUGCUGGUGCAUCCUGACUGCAUCUACAGGCUCACUCCUGCUUACAGGGAGAUGGUCAAGUGUGUUGCAGUUUUGCAUAAUGUGUCUGAUACCGUGAUGAAAAAGAGAAAACAAGAACAGAAAGAUGCAAAGAAAGCAGAAAAUAAUAAUAGUGCGUCAGCAGCAAAGUUCAAAGCAUUCCUGGACAUCUUACUGGAGCUGCACGAAACAGAGGCAACCCUCACGGAGCAGCAGGUCAGGUCGGAGGUGGACACCAUCAUCGUGGGCGGCCAGGAGACCGUCGCCUCCACGCUGUUCUACACCAUGCUGAUGCUGGGAUCCAAGCCCAGGGUACAGGACAAGAUGUAUGCCGAGUUGAGGAGUAUAUUCGGCGACAGCAGCAGUCCGGUCAGCAAGGAGGACCUGUCCCGCAUGGUGUACUGCGAGGCCAUCAUCAACGAGACGCUGCGACUGUACCCACCCGUGCCUGGCGUGCUGCGGUAUGCCGACAGGGACCUGCCACUGAAAUCAUACACAAUCCCGAAAGGCACGGCUAUUGCAAUAAACGCUUGGGGCGCGGGCCGCUCGGAGCGCGUAUGGGGUCCUGACGCUAAGGAGUAUCGUCCUGAACGAUGGCUGGAAGACCAGACUCCUGGACAACCUGGUGCCUUCCUCGCCUUCAGCUACGGCAGGCGAGCUUGUAUUGGUAAGAAAUACGCGAUGGCAUUACUAAAAACAGUGCUGGCUCACUGUGUUCGCGAGCUGGAGUUCGUGUCUGACCCUGGCAAUCUGGAGCUGAAGGUGGACAUAGCUCUGCGCGCCGUCGCCGGUAAUCUCAUACAAGUGAAGUUAAGGGAACGUAAAUAAGGGCUUAGGGUGCAUCCUGCGUGAGUGAAUUGCGAACCCGAAGUGAUCCGAAGCGAAGUGACAGAUGUGUUUUAACUGUAAGUUACAUAUUGUUAAGUGUAUAUUGAGAUUGUAAGAGGUACUUUGUGUAAAUUAAUUUAUUUUUAUUUUGUUUUAUGUAUUUUAUGUGGAUACCGCGCUAUUUCACGUUGGCCACACACAUAUCACCGGCUAUAUGUUAUCCUUGAACAUUCAUUUUCGACACAGAAAGAAUAAGAGUUCAGAAAAUCGACCAAAUUAAUAAAGAAUUGAUAAGUUACCCAAAGGCUGUAAUUUUGAACUCCUAAAUGGUGUUAGAAUAUAUGUUGUUUUAAAAAGUCUAGAACUUUAAUUUACCUUGUCCUAAGAAACUACACGUAAUUAUUUCAAAGUUUUUAAUGGCGUCAUUUGUGAUGUAAGUUGAAUAAAUAAUUGUUAAAUAAAGUGCUAUUAAGUAAAAAAA